CCAGGGUGUGUGCGUGUGUUAGUGAGGUACUUUGAUUGUUUGAGGUAGCUUGGUCAGAGUACAUGCAGUCAGCCAGCCAGCAAGCCAGCCAGCCAGCCAUAGAAUCCCAUCUCGUCUCGGUCCGACAGCCACACACACAUCCGAGCCACACACACACACACACACUAAAGCGAAGGCGCAGUAACGCCCCCGUUUGAUACCGCCAUACAUGUACUGGUACACACACUUCGGCCGAUCUGUCCACGCCCCUCCAUCGACGCACUGAUCCCCUUAUUUCUGAAAAGCCCAGUUGAAGCCAGCAAGCAGAAACCCGAUCCACAGCACCAUACCCACCAAGCCGAGAAGAAAAGCUAGUGCUACCGCACCGGCCUCUUUCAAGGGAUCUGCACACAGCGAUAGAUGACCACACCGCACAGACAGACAGACGGACAGGGAGGGAGGGAGGGAGGGAGAAAACUCAUGUGGUGUGUGUGUGUGUGUGUGUGCGUGUAUGCCUUUGGUCUGCUGGAUGAGCUGCCUCUUUUUCUGCUUGAGCGCCUCAAACUUCUUGUACUUGGCCAUAAAGAACCUGUCCCGUUCGAAGCUGCCGAGCUCCUUGUCCACGUCAGCUAUCCGCCGCUGCUUACCCGCACCCUGCUGUGACACACACACACACACACACACACAUGGUUCUUGUGGUGCAUGCUGCUGCGGGUAAGACACGCAAGACGAUAGUACCUACCGUGGUGGGCGAUUUGAUGCCUGUUAUCUGUGAGUACACUGACAGCAGUCUGCCCCGGUUGAUGCGGGAGAGACGAAGGGGCGGGUGGACAAAGGCCGACGCCGCCCCGGGCAGACACUGAGAAGUCAGCAGGACGACAGCCAAGACCACCGCCAACAUCAUGGCACCUGCAUCAACAGCACACAGCCACAGACCUCCGACAGAGAAGGAGACCUCAAUGGAGAGAGAGCUGACGUACCCGUCAUGUGCAGCGCUGCGCUUCUGUGAGUGCUUCUGAGUCUAAGGAACGGCAGGAGGGGACACUGGGGAGAGAGGUGCAAUGCAUCCUUCUCUUGGCGCUUGCCGCGACGCGGGCGAUCUCUCCAUCUUGUUCUGUGUUUGUUGGCACCUACCUUGGCCAUAAGUGAGCUUGGAGGCCUCAUGGUCCUUUCAGCUGUGCAAUGAGAAGCGGUCAUCGUUGCAGCCGACCUCUUUCAGCUGCCGUUCUUUCGCUUCGGGCG